AUGGCGGUGCACCACUCCGACUCUCACUCCAAGAUUAAAGAAUUGGUGGACGAAAAGGCUGGUAAUCCGUGGGACGGCUAUGAGCAGGACGUCAUACCCGAGAAGGUCCAGCCACGUCUGGUGCGAAACGCGAGGCUCCAAGCGUUCUCGAUAUACCGUCGUUUGUUCUCGGUGGCAUUCAUCACUAACAUGGGCGUCUUUGUCUCGUACGCGAUCCGAGGGUACCACUCCCAGAAAAUUGCGUUAGUCACGGUCGCGAAUAUCUUCAUUGCUAUUCUCAUGAGGCAGGAGCUUGUGAUCAACACCCUGUUCUUAAUAUUUUGCUCAGUCCCCAAGUCCUGGCCCUUUUUCAUUCGCAAAACCGCUGCAAGAGUGUAUCACCUUGGAGGCAUACAUUCUGGUACGGCAUUCUCGGCCGUAGUAUGGCUUGUUCUUCUCGCUGUUCAAGCUACUCGAGAACGUGUUAAUCACAAAGGGACGUCGACGGCAACCGUAGUACUCACCUACAUCAUCUUAUUUUUCUUGGUUGGCAUUGUCCUUUUUGCAUACCCGACACUCCGGAUCAAGCGCCAUGACGCAUUUGAACGUGUACACCGUUUCUUGGGCUGGACAGCGACUGCACUCGUUUGGGCACAGGUCGUCUUGCUAACCAACGAUUACAAAGGCGACAAGUCCUUAGGUUCUGCUCUUGUGCACUCGGCUGCCUUUUGGUUGAUGAUCAUUCUGAGCUUAUCCCUCAUUCUCCCUUGGAUGAAACUACGCAAAGUUCCUGUUCGCAGUGUUGUGCUCUCCAACCACGCUGUCCAACUUUUCGUUGACUAUGGCCCACACCCCGUCCCUGGCUCCUUCCAGAGAUUCUCCACAGAUCCUUUGAAUGAAUGGCAUAGUUUUGCCACUAUUGCCAUCCCGGGACAGCCGGGCUUCUCCAUCAUUAUAUCCCAAGCCGGCGACUGGACUACAGAGAUGAUCACUAAUCCUCCCAAGGAGAUCUACGUACGGGGUGUGCCCACUUGUGGUGCCCUACGGAUCAUUCCUUUAUUCAGGAGGGUGUUGUUUGUGGCCACCGGAAGCGGCAUUGCUCCCUUCACGCCUCAUAUUAUGAGUGGGAAAGUGGACCACAAGCUUUUCUGGAUGGCGCCGAACACUCGUGCUACCUUCGGUGAUCCAUUGGUUAACAUGAUUUUGCAAAACAGUCCUGGCGCUGUUGUAUAUGAUACUCGAAAGCACGGCAAACCUAACAUCAUCCAGCUCACAAAUCGAUUUGUUGACGAAUUCAAGCCGGAAUGUGUCUGUGUCAUUUCGAACCAGAAAUUGACGGAGAAAAUCAUCUAUGGUCUCCGCAGCAGGGGUGUUCUCGCUUUUGGAGCCAUCUUCGACUCUUAA